AUGCGCGAUGAGUUGUGGUCUAACCGACCAUCUACCGUCCGUACGGCCGUAGCGUCGAUCGUCGAGACUGGGAUAGGAGGCCGUUAUAAAAAUGGACCAGCCUGUUGCAGCAGACCUGAAGGGGUACUACCCUGCCCCACCAGCGUACACUCCAACUCCCCAGCAGACACCCCCACCAACAGGGAGCUACCCUCCUCCUACACCUGCUACUGUCGUGGUCCAACCUGUGGUUGUCCAACAGCAGGUUGUGUUUGGACCAGCUCCAGUUGUCACCACUUGCCCCGAGGGCCACCAAGUAACAACCAACAUUUACUACAAGAACGGAGACACGACAUUUGUCCUGGCUGCCGUUCUCUGUUUCUUCCUUGGUCCCAUAGCUGCUGUUGUCCCGUUCUUCAUUGAUAGUAUGAAGGACGUCGAGCACAGGUGUCCCAUCGACGGGAUAGUACUUGGACUCUACAAGAGGAAUCUCUUCUGAAACGAUCAUACCAAAUGUACUGCAGUGUUCUCAUUAGUAUGAGGAACAGAACAAUAUUAUGUUGCUUGUUUACUGUUGUUGGCUUUUCCUGGUGUAGCUAUCAGUAAAUGAAUAAAAUUAUAUAUGCACGUUUUGCCCACAGCUGGUUAUGAAUAAUUAACGUAUUAUACUCAAAAUAAAAUCCAUCAUAUCAGAGAUUCCAACCCCUUUUGCAAUAUAAUAUUGUGUCACAUCUUACGGCAGUGGA